AAUCAAUGUCCUUACCUUUACUCCAAGAGACAUUGGACAUUACACAGUCCAGAACUAGACUAUGACCAUCAAGUAUCUUUGUUAGGACACAGAGGAGAUAUCCCUACUAGCGUUAGGUUUACCUAUGCUGUUACAGCAAUUAGCCCACCAUUUGGGGAUAGGUAUCACUGAAGUGUAACACAGCAGCUUAUGCGCCGCAAUUUCACUUAUUUAUCUCUCUUAGCUUAUUUUGACAACAAAGAAAACGGGGGUUUCCCCAAUCCACCAUCAUACAACGUGGCCACAACGCUCCCUUCCUAUGACGAGGCGGAGAGAACCAAGGCGGAAGCUCAUGUUCCCUUGGUGGCUGGAAGGGAUGAAGACUUUGUAGCCAGGUAUGACUUUGAGGAUGCACAACAGCUGCGGAUAGGGAACGAUGGCAUUUUCAUGUUGACCUUUUUUAUGGCAUUCCUUUUCAACUGGAUCGGUUUCUUCCUGUCCUUCUGUCUGACCACCUCGGCAGCAGGCCGCUACGGGGCCAUCUCUGGCUUCGGCCUGUCACUCAUCAAGUGGAUCCUCAUUGUCCGGUUCUCCACCUAUUUCCCUGGGUACUUUGAUGGGCAGUACUGGCUGUGGUGGGUGUUCCUGGUACCAGGAUUCUUGCUCUUCCUCAGAGGAUUCAUCAACUACGCCAAGAUCCGUAAAAUGGCAGACUCGUUUUCUAGUCUCUCGCGAACCAGAGUCCUUUUCAUCUACUAAAAGGGGAAAUAUGAGCUCUUCUUUAGAAAAGUUCGCUAUCUGGCCUCAACUCCAUCACGAAAAACAGAGAGGAAACACCUCUUGUUUUGCUGCCGAUAAAUUGGACAAAAUAAUUUCUGUCUCUUGGUGUAAACUAGUGGAAGCUGACAAUUCUGUAACUAUUCAAUCAUUAGUGGUUUAUUUCAAGUGCUGAUUGCAAUCAAGUCUGUGACGUAUAAAUAAUGCUUAGACUAACCUGUACCCCCGCACAUUGACUCGGUACCGGUACCCCCUGUAUAUAGCCUCAGUAUAGUUAUUUUUAUUGUUUUAUUUUUUAAUUAUUAUUUU